UUUUGUUUUUUAGGUUAUGGCAACCCAUUAUAAGACUGCCGCGCGUGUUAAUCACAUCGCACUUUACGAAAUCAAUUCUGAUAGUUAGUAUUUAAGUUGAAUUCUAAAUUUUAGAUGACUGUGACUAAAAUAUAGAAGUGAAAAUGACAUUGUUGAAUUGGUAAAAAAUUAGUCCCCCUAUCGAAAAGGUGGCAGUGUAUAUUUCGAAUAGAGUGAUAGUAAUAGGUGAUUAUUAUGAACUUUGAGGACUAUGAAACUCUUCCGACCCAGAGCUCCAUCACGCACAUGACCGCCGGCGCGAUCGCGGGGGUGAUGGAGCAUUGCGUAAUGUACCCUCUGGACUCCGUGAAGACGCGGAUGCAGUCUUUACGCUCGGCACACAACGGCAGUAUUAUGGAAACUUUCCGCUACAUGGUGCAGCGCGAGGGGUUCUUCAGACCCAUCCGCGGCAUGUCGGCCGUGGUGAUGGGUGCCGGCCCAGCACACGCCUGCUUCUUCGCCACCUACGAGCAGAGCAAACACACGCUGUCUCAGCUGACGAGGCAUCGGCACGACCACAUCAUACACGGGUUGUCAGGCUGCCUCGCGUCGCUGGUUCACGAUGCCGUCUCCAACCCCACUGAAGUGGUGAAGCAGCGGUUGCAGAUGCUCAAUUCCCCUUACCGUGGAGUAUGGGAAUGCGCGCGCGGCGUGUAUCGCGCCGAGGGUUUCCGCGCCUUCUACCGCUCCUACGGCACACAAGUCGCCAUGAACGUGCCCUUCCAGGCCGUACACCUCGUCACCUACGAGUGGGUCCAGGGGAUCCUCAACCCGCGGCGCUCGUACGAGCCGCGCGCGCACCUCGCGGCGGGCGCGCUGGCCGGAGCCCUGGCCGCUGCCGCCACCACGCCGCUGGAUGUGUGCAAGACGGUCCUCAACACGCAGGAGGGCAGCGCGCGCGCCGAGGGCCUGGCCGCGGCCGCCGCGCUCGUGCUGCGGGCGGGGGGCCUACGUGCCUUCUUCCGCGGCGUCAGAGCUCGCGUGCUCUACCAGAUGCCCGCCGCCGCCAUCUGCUGGCUCACCUACGAGACGCUCAAGCACGCGCUGCUCACCUUCGACCUGGAAGAGAGCGGAGGCUGCGCGGGAGCAGCGGGGCCAGGCGCCAGCGGCGCCGGGGCGGCCGGAGGACCCCUCGCGUGCGCCGCCCUGAGGCUGGCCGCCGCGGACGUGCCCGGACCCCUCACCAGGACGUAGGCCGAGAGUUACUCAGACGGAGGGGGAGCUGCCGCUGACUAAUCACACCGCCCCGAAGUUCUAGAAUUGAUAUUUGAAUCUUAAAGUGUCUCGCAGCAGGAGCGGUGCGUCAGUCAGCGCCCCCUCCCCCUCCUCAGCCGCCGCCCUGUACAUGUACAGUACACCUGUUGUUGUUGUUAAUUAUUUUACAUAUUUUUUUAUCAUUGUUUAUUUCCUCCUACCCGGUCGUCGGUCCGCACGCCGCAGUCGUUGUUCGUGAGACAGUAUUUUUGAUAUGUACGUGUAUCCAAGGUGGAGCCGGCGCGAUCAUUAUCACAAUUUAUUUGAUAUUUAUUGAAAUUAAUAAAAAUAUUUUAGACGAGAACCCGUUUACAAGUGUUCGACACGCCUGCCGCCGGACGUGUCCCGUGUCCUCCCGGUACCCUGUCCCCCGGUGUGCGUGUGUGCGUGCGUGUGUGUGUGUGUGUCUGUGUGGGUUCCCUUCGAGUCCCGUCCUCGGUCCUGGUCAUGUUUCCUCCGGUUGCAGUCCGUCACCCGUCUUCCACAGUACUUAACACACCCCACCCUUGACUGUUAUAUCAUACGAGAUCUUCAGUGGCUUUUGUGAGGUCGUCCGUAUCGAAGUGUGAUGUAUGACCUCUCAUGGAGACGGUGACGUCACUCAGGCCCGCGCCCGCAUCCCUGCGGAGUUCUCUGUGUAGAGAGGCGGUACUCUCCACCCGAGGAUCGCUGGUAGACUGUAAGAGACCAUUCUGAGUGUUGAAAUGUAAAAAUUCUGUAGCGAUUUAUUUUGUACGAUGAAUUAUUAUUAUGUAUGUAAGCACGGUAUGCGAGUGUAACUCCGCUGUGGUCGUCGGAGCUCCGAGCGACCCGCCCGCUGCUCUGGCCGCUGGUCGCCUGGGGUUCGGUUCUCUGUCGUUGGUGUGUGUAACAUUACCGACUUGUCGAUCUAAACACGCGGUCACGAGUGCUGUCUGUAAGCGAGGCUGUGAUUUAUAUUCUUCCUUCCUUAAACAACUGUUUCUGGUAGUCAUUGUGUGUGUGUAGACUGUGUGCCUCUGUGCGUGCGUGUGCGUGUGAGUCACGACCGUCUGAUCAUGUCCACCGCGUCAUUUGCACGCGUACAAACUAGUGUCUAAAAUGAUUAUUUGGAGAAAUAUUCAAGUAGACAAGGUUAUCAUUAAAUAUAUAUAAUUUGCGCAAAAAAAUAAAGGAAUGAACGAUUCUUAACGUUUUAAUGUAGAAGGAUAGACGUUAAGUGGGAGGGUAGUCGGCGGCGUCGAGUCACCGGCGGGGCGUUGCUUGUAUUAUUGACUUAGUUAUAAAGUUAACAUGUGUAUAGUGUACUAUAAAUAAGUAUGAACACAUCACCCGGCGGAUGGAAAACUGGUCGACGGUGCUAGGAGCGUGUACACACACGACACCCACACACACACGCACACACUUGGUGUCUGUGUGUCUGUGUGCGUGACGGCCGGAGCGACUCGAGCGCUCGAGGGGAGCUCGGGAGUGUUUUUAUUGUGUUUGUACAUUGCUUAUAUUUUUUAUUUGUUAUAUUUAUGAGUUUUAUAGAUGAGUGCGAUAAAAAUUAAUUAUAAAGGUUGAAUAAUUGUACAAGACAUGCACCAAGUGAACGUUUGAUAAAAGAAAAAUUCGACAAAAAAAUUGAAUAAACAGUUGGACAAUAA